AGCAGUGUAGGGUUGAUCAUGAUCAUGUGACAGACAGCUUUGGGAGAGAACAGCUCUGGACGCAGAAACAUCAGGCGCAACUAAAGGAGUUUCCACCCCUCGAGAGCCAACAAGUGACCAUUGCCCCGUUUUCAAACCGUUAUUCAAGUGCUCUGAACGACAUCGACGGUCUGUGGAAAGUUCUGGGGAAGAAGCUGUUUUUUACAGCGUGGAUAAAGAUAGGUUUGGGGGCGAUAAAACUAUUGUCUGUAGAAGAGGACAGACGCAGAAAUCUCAGCGGGCAUGCGGGAGUUUUUGGAGUUAUUUGACUGCAAACACUCUACAAACAAAUAAGAACUUUCGCGCAGAAUCGGGGGCUGUCGUGUUUUUCCGAAGUUUUACGCAUUUUUUUUUAGGUUUUUGGUAUAAUAUUUUAAACAUGGUUGGAGAAAUGGAAACGAAGGAGAAGCCUAAGCCGACUCCUGAUUAUCUGAUGCAGCUCAUGAACGACAAGAAACUGAUGAGCAGCCUGCCAAACUUCUGUGGUAUUUUCAACCAUCUCGAACGAUUGUUAGAUGAAGAAAUUGGACGGGUACGGAAGGACAUGUACAAUGACACUAUGAACGGCAGCACAGAUAAAAGGACUUCCGAGCUCCCGGAUGCUGAGGGGCCCAUUGCUCAACUCCAAGAGAAACUCUAUGUGCCCGUCAAAGAAUACCCAGAUUUCAAUUUUGUGGGAAGAAUCCUGGGGCCCCGGGGCCUGACAGCCAAGCAACUUGAGGCAGAGACUGGUUGCAAGAUCAUGGUGCGAGGCAAAGGCUCCAUGAGAGACAAGAAGAAGGAAGAGCAAAACAGAGGAAAGCCCAACUGGGAACACCUGAACGAAGAACUGCACGUCCUCAUCACUGUGGAAGACUCUCAGAACCGUGCUGAGAUCAAACUCAAGAGAGCUGCCGAGGAGGUCAAGAAACUGCUAAUCCCUGCGGCCGAAGGUGAAGACAGCUUGAAAAAGAUGCAGCUGAUGGAGCUGGCCAUUCUCAACGGCACUUACAGAGACGCCAAUGUCAAGUCACCAGCCUUAGCCUUCUCCCUGGCCGCCACAGCACAAGCUCCCCGCAUGAUCACCGGCCACUCCCCGGUGAUGUCUCAUACGGCACUGCGUACCCCUGCCCCCGGCGCACCCACCCUCAUGCCACUCAUCCGACAGAUCCAGACCUCUGCCAUCAUGCCCACAGGCACACCCCACCACACCCUCUUACCCCAGACCCCAGAGUCAGGCAUCAUCUAUGCACCUUACGAUUACCCCUACACCUUCGCACCAACCUCCAUUCUUGAAUAUCCUAUUGACUCAAGUGGUGUUUUAGGUAUGGCUUUCCCGACAAAAGGCUAGUAAUGCUCAGGGGGUUUAACACAGUCCUCAGCCCAUACGAGUGUUAAAAUGCUUUGCUUUACAGCUGCCUUGGAACAAAAAAAAAGACAAAAGCGCAAACGAAGAAACUGAUUUUUAUAAGAAACAAAAGACUAAACAUCAUUACUACUCAUGUUUACACUGGUCUUAACUGUUUUGUUGACUUAUUCAUAGAUUAAAAAUGGAUAUUUUCAGGUAAAUACUGAUAAUUAAGCCUCUGUUUGAAAAGUAAUCUAUAUUUGUUUAGUUCGUAAUAUUUCUAUUAUUUUUAUUUGGAACUGGAUCUUAGAUAUUUAGAGAGUGAUCAGUAUUAUUGCUAAUAUAACAUGCUUGUGAAAAUCUUCCUCCAUGAAAUAGCCUGUAGUGAAUUCAUAUUAUCUGAAGCAUCUGGUGUGUUGAGCGGAAUACAGGGAAUCUAUAGUCAUUGUAUAAAUUAAUCAGUGAAAGUUUAACAGAAAUGCGGAAAUUGAGAAAUGGCAACAGCAUGUGAUGUGAUUUCACUAUAACAGGGCCUUGGAGAAACGGCCAAUUUUGCCUUGUAAUUUGGUCUUAUAAGCCUUGUUUGUGAAACAAUGUUGUGUGAAAUGUAGUUUUAAUGUAUUUUGAUGAAUAAUCUGUUAAUUCUUGUUUUAUUGGCAAUGUUGCGUUUUGAGCAGGUGCAGUGACUACUAAAGUACGAAGGCAGGAUAUGCGCGUCCAUCCUUACCAAAGGGUAGUGACCGCAGAACGAGGUUAGUUUAGCUCUAGUGUUCAAACUCUGCUCUCUGUGUGUGUGUGUGUGUGUGUGUGUGUGUGUGUGUACUUCUUUAGUAUGCUUUUCAUUGCAUCUCACUCAAUACAAAGGGAGGAAAUGUUUUAGUCUCUUCUAACCUGCCAAACAAAAAGCAUCAUUUGAGAUUUCAGUGUUGCUGUUAUCAAGUAUAGUACGUGCCAGUCAUACUGUGCAGGGUUCAUUUACACACUAAACCUGCCAGCCUAGAAACUGUAGGUGUUUUCAGCUUACUUGUAUUAUAUUUUGAGAAUGUUCUCGGGUCAAUAAAGCAAAGGUUAAAAAAUAGAAUACUGUUAAAAAAAAAGGAGGUUGCAGUAGGUUAAAACAUCCUGUGAUGACAACAUUCCAAGCUCUGAGAUUUAAGUGUUGUUCACCUAGUGAGUUGCUAAGACAGCAUCCAAACUGCCAUGGAACUUUUAAUGUACACUCUACAUAACCAGCACAGAAAAUAAAUGGUGCUCUGAGGGAGGGAACAGGAGACCCAACUUAAAUUCCAGUUUAAAGUUUGCAUGUUGCUAAACUAAUUAGCAUGAAGAUACAUAGAACACACAAAUACUGGAUAAAGUGUACUUUUUAAACAUUCCUCUAUAGGCAGCUCACCAGGUUUUGGAACAGACUAUUAAUAUGAUCUGAUAACUUCAGCACUUAACAUGCGUUGUAUAUUGAGACAAGCAUGACCUGAAGCUUAGUGGACGUAUGUAGAUGAAAAACAGCUAGUGUGAUAGUGUUAGAACCACUUUGGAGAACCCUUAUGGAGCAAAAUUGACUGUCCACUGUGCUCCAUUACACUGAUGAUGUAAUGAUGGCCUUCAGGCUCAUAGUCAAUGAAGGGUAAUGGAGCUCACCUGUUUGUUUGCUUCUGUUGAUUCCUUCAUUCGUCAUUCCUUUGAUAUCCUUUCUCAGUUUUAGAGUGUUUUCAGAUAAUUUAAUAUCACUUAAGUACAUUAGUGUCCCAUGUAAAUCUACUUUCUUAUUCUGAUCCAUUGAAACAGUGUUUCGGCAGCUUUCAAAGAAACAGUUUUGAGUUUUUACUUUCUGAAUAAUGGAACAACCUACAAGAUUUAGGGUUUGGAGGAAGAUAUGAUUAUUAUUAUUUUUUUUCUCAAAGUCUCAUCUGAUAUAAUAAAAAAACUUAUUUAUGGUUCAACCAGUCCAGACCAGCAUAAAUAAAGUUUAGAAGAUGGGUGCAAUGCUGGUUUCCCCCAAUUAAUGAUACAGAUGUGUACUUAUUCAUUUUGAGAAAAUGCAAUACUGUAUAUUAUUUCAGGCCUGUUAUAAGCUGUUUCUAAUUACAGAAGAACUUCUGCAAAAUUCAGAUUUUACUUUCAUAAUUCAUUCCUGAGUGAUUGUACUGUUUGCGAUCUUUUUUUCAUGUUACAUAUUUUUAUUUAUACCUUUUUACUGCAGUUUUUAUCUAAAGAUCAGUUGAUAGUUGUCGUUUAGGUUAAAAGUAAGGAUUUGACUAGGGUUAUUGAACAUAUUCAUGACAAAAUCUUUCAUAUGCCUUAAAUGGAAAUAAACUGGAUCUAAGGGAAUUACAGCACCAGCUUCUAAAGUCUGCUAUAAUGAAGCUGAUUUAAACUCAUAUAACAAAUACACGAAUGUCCCAAAACUGUACAUAUUUAAUAACUAUGACUCCUGAAAAAACUGUAAACGUGAGAAUCUACUGAUCAAUAUAAGUUAAUUUCACACCCAUAAGACUUUAACAUAAUUAUCAUAAUUUAAUAGACCAAUACAACUGACCAGUUUAAUGCAUAACAAUUGUGAAAUUGCACAAAAUGUCGAAUCUAUCUUGUCUGGCUUACUGACCACAGCCACAGAAAGUUUUCCGAGAAUUUGUAAAAGAUUCCUGAGCAAGGGAAAAUGCUUUUGAAGGAAAGGCAUUGAAUGAAAUAUCCCAAGCACCAGGCUUGGACAGUGUCACAUUAGAUAGACUAGACGGUUAUGAAGGUUAGGACUUGUUUGAGAGUGUAAGUCAUCAUAUGCACUGCACAUAAAAAAAUUGUUACUUCCGCUCCGUGCAUAAUCAGAGCAUUAUAAAGAGGAUUCGGAGUGCUUAUGAUCCCUUAAACUCCCCAUUCAAGAAAUUCCUCAUCAUAAAAAUAUGGCACAAAUAUUUUGCACUGAAGAUUUUAAAUCACCAGCUCAUAGUCUGCGAUACUCAGACAGAGCAAAGAAACGGCAAAACCUCAUGAGAUGUUUAUCAACGCAGGACGGUCACACACUGUGGCCGCCUGUUAGCACAAGAACAACAGAUGAACUAAGGAAAUAUUCCAUUUUUGGUUUGUUUGUUUCUUGUUUUGCAGUAAGCUUCUUUCUCUCUCUCUCUCUCUCAAAUGUAUGGAAAAGAACAUAGUUAUUGUGUGUGAUCUUUUUAAGAUGAGUUUAUGAAAGCAAUAUGUUUAACUAUAAAGCAAGAACAUUUAUGAAAUUCUAUUGUAUUUGUAAAUGAAUAGGGAAUUUAUACUAGUAAACAUGUUAGAGAACAACACCAUGUUAUUUUUCCAGAAGGGGUACACUUUGUUUUUAGGGUGUCGUACCUAUGCCAGUCUUAUUAUACUGUCUCAUAAGUUAUAGUCUUGAGAAACAAGUAGAUUUGUCUUUCUAAUUGUUUUCUUGUGUUUCUAGUGUUAUUUUAGCCCUAAAUUUCAGCCUAUAUGCUUUAGUAUCAUUCUGUUGGAUUAGCGUUCUGUAUUUUUUGUAAAUAGUCCAGUUUUAAAGGCAAUAAAACUUGAGUUAAAAAACCACCAAA